UCCAUCGAUUAAUUAAUGAAUUUAAUUGGUUUCGUCUCGAAUUAACAAAAAUCUGUUCCGCCUGUGCCGCUAGCUAUAUAUAGAUUCCUAAAAACAGGUGCAGAUUACGGACCCAACAUAACUAGAGGGCACAAAAUGCCUAAUCCUACGGCAGCAUCAUGGGUAAAAUUCUUCACAAAUGCCGACAUCCCGUCCCAGGCGGCUGCCACCUAUGCACACGUGUUCGUCGAAAACCGAAUCCAGAUGGACAUGCUGAUGGACCUGAAUAAGGAGUACCUUCGCGAGAUGGGCAUUACGACGAUGGGCGACAUUAUAGCUAUUCUGCGCCACGCGAAGAAAGUAUCGGAACAGAGUGCUCGCGAGAAAGUUCUGUCACUGCCAGAAACAGAGACUUCCGUACCGGUUGCAACCGUAUCCGGUACGCCCAACACGGUGACGGUCAGCAAUGGCAAAAAGAUCGAGAAGGCAUCUUCCACUCGUAUUGUGUCGUCUGUUGGAACAUCGUUGACCGAAGGUAAAGCGCGGCGAGUGUUGCCAGAGCAUGAGGGCAAGUACAAAAUCACACUCCCAUCGGGUAGUACCGCACGCAGCAAAGAAAUCCUCGAAAAGAAGCUCAGUAUUGGCAAGCACAAAGCGACCGACAGUGAAAGAGAAUCAAGCUCAGGCCGCGUUGCGGGAACAAAGCGAGGCAGCAUAUUUGACCGACUGAAUACGGAUGAGGAUGGUGAUGGGCCACCAAGCACGGCGGUUGGAUAUGCGAAGACACAGAAAAUUGACACAAACAGUACACCGGGAAGCUCUAGUUCCUCUAUUUUUUCGCGUCUCGGUGGACGCGAACGUGCAGCGGAGCGAACAAGUAGUGGCCAGAGCGAUGCACCAUCGUCUAGUAUUUUGAAAAAAUCUCCCAGCUCUCAGCGUACAUCACAGACCGACCAGCGCAAGGUCACUCCGAUGGAGCAAAAAGUAAUUUUGGUCAAAAAAAUACCGGCCAAAGCGACCAAGCUAUCGUCGGAUGAGGACGAUGAACAGGACGACUAUCGACGGUCGGAGUCAUAUGCAGGUACAGACUCAGUUAGUGGCCCGAAAUCAGUAUCAUUUUCUGCAGAGGAUGAAGUACUGGAAAUAGCUCCUAGAAAGACGUACAAAACCGGCAGUGGAUCACCCGGGGGCCGUUUGCAUUUCAAUGAUCGAGAUGUGCCAGUUAAACAGCGCCUGGGUGGUAUCAAUCGAGGAAAACUGGUUACCGGUUCCACGGCGAUUCACCGAGGACCACGUGUGAUGGACCACGGUGGCCCUAAGGCUCUGCAUGGCACAAAGAAGGUCACUACAAUGAAACACUCCGUUGGCGGCGGUGGAAAACUGUCCCCGGUCUCGCGUGCCACCAUGAAACUGGAUACCGUGGUCCACGGACGUAAACAACCGGUUCAUACUCGCUUAAGCUUGGGAUCCGCACGCAGCGGAUCCGAUGCCCAGCAGUUAGUGAAACGUGUCGAAAGGUUUAGCCUCGAUUCGAAGCUAUCGAAAGUCGACAAAGGCAAUGGAAGCAGCAAUGCGAGUGUUUUCAAUAGGCUUGGCUACAAUCGUAAGUAAGCUGGUGUGUACAUUUGAAAUAACAAUUUCUCUCUCACAAUAAACUUCGUCAAAAAACACGUUUCAAAGCGAAAUGUUCCGUUUGAAUUGC